CAGAAAUGAAGACCCACAGUACAUCCUCAGGGUUGUAGCCCCUAUGAUACUUGAAACAGGAAUGUUCUAACGAUGGAUCCUUGUAGAGAAUGGAGUCCUCCCGGUUCAGAAGGUUCACAGAACAAUGACACUAAAAGACAGUUUCUUCUAGAACGGCUGCUGGAUGCAGUUAAACAGUGUCAAAUACGGUUUGGAGGAAGAAAAGAAAUUGCUUCAGACUCUGAUAGCAGAGUGACUUGUCUGUGUGCUCAGUUUGAAGCUGUGUUGCAGCACGGCCUGAGGAGGAGCCGAGGACUGGCAUUAACAGCAGCAGCAAUCAAACAGGCAGCAGGUUUCUCCAGUAAAACUGAAACAGAGCCAGUGUUUUGGUACUAUGUGAAGGAGGUUCUGAACAGACACGAGCUGCAGCGCUUUUACUCUCUGAGGGCCAUCACCUCAGAUAUCGGCAGAGGCCGGGCCUGGCUGCGCUGUGCACUGAAUGAACAUUCCCUGGAAAGAUACGUUCAUAUGCUGCUGGCAGACAAGAAUCGACUCAGUGUCUUCUAUGAAGACUGGUCUUUUAUGAUGGAUGAAGAACGUUCCAGUAUGAUCCCUACAAUGGCAGCUGGUCUGAACUCCAUCCUUUUCGCCAUCAACAUCGAUAAUAAGGAUUUAAACGGGCAGAGCAAGUGCACACCCACCGUGUCUGAUUUGUUAAAGGAAUCCACACAAAAUGUAACUUCCCUGUUGAAGGAAUCCACACAGGGUGUGAGCAGCCUCCUGAGGGAGAUCACUGCCUCCUCUGCUGUCUCCAUUCUCAUCAAACCUGACCCAGACACUGACCCCCUUCCUGUUCUGCCCCGGAAUGUAAAUGCUGAUUUGAGAUAUAAAAAAGAUCGCAAAAAGAAGAAGAGAGUGACCAAUAUUAUCUCAUUUGACGAAGAGGAAGAUGAGCAAAAUUUGGGGGAUUCCACAAAGACUCUGAUUACAGGAGAAAGCUCAGAGGAGAGCGCAGACAGAUCCUCAGUCCUUGCAUUGUCCUCAUCUGAAAGCACUCUUGGAAAAAAUUUGAACGGGAAUGAAAGUAACAGUUCGUGGAAGAGCAAUUCAUUGCCUCACUCUCUCAUGAAUGGAGAGUACGAGUACCAGAAACUGGAUGUGAAGAGCAUUGAUGAUGAAGAUGCAGAUGAGGAUGAGCUGUAUGGAAAAACAUUAGGAAAUAAAGGCACAGAAGGUGAACCUGAAGCUUCUGAAAAGACUUAUGAGAUAGGCACUUGCAACUCUCAGAUAUGCAGUUGGACUCCUCUGCAGGUCCUUAAUGAUGACUCAGAUGUGCUGUUCCCUGUCAGUGCUGUUGGCUCUUACUCCCAAACAGAUAACUUGGAGAACGGAGAGGGGCAUGAACAUGUUGUUCAUCCGGUAGAACUGGUUCCCAGAAGAUCUGAUCUCCCUUACAGAGUGGAAGUCAGUCCUCCAGCACAAGUGAAUACUUUAAGCAGUAUGUUGCCUUCAGCCACCGUGCCAGAAUCCAUGACAAUUAAUGAACUUCGUCAAGCUAUCGUGGCCAUGAUGAAUAGGAAGGAUGAACUGGAAGAGCAGAAUAGAUCCCUGCGAAAUCUGCUGGAUGCAGAGAUGGAGCUCUCAGCAGCACUGAGGCAGGAGAUGGACAACUGGAGAAGGAAAGUAGCAGAGCAGGAAGAGCGACAUGCCACCAAAGUCCAGGCCUUGGCACGAGAAAAUGAGGUGCUAAAAGUGCAACUUAAGAAGUAUGUAGGAGCUGUCCAGAUGCUCAGACGAGAAGGUCAAACAGUGGAAGUUCUGCCAAACAUUUGGAGCACUGAUGGUGAAUUUACGAUUCCAGAGCAAAAGCAAGUAGAGAACAACGAGGAACUCGCCAGCUCUUAUGAAAGAAAAUUGAUUGAGGUGGCUGAAAUGCAUGGGGAGCUGAUUGAAUUCAAUGAGAGGCUGCACCGUGCCCUGAUGGCUAAGGAAGCUCUCGUGUCCCAGAUGAGACAAGAACUAAUUGAUUUGAGAGGCCCGGUCCCUGGAGAUUUGAGUCAAACAUCCGAAGAUCAGAGUUUGUCAGAUUUUGAAAUAUCAAAUCGUGCUCUUAUUAAUGUUUGGAUUCCCUCAGUCUUUCUGCGUGGAAAAGCUGCCAAUGCAUUCCAUGUUUAUCAGGUUUAUAUCAGGAUAAAGGAUGAUGAAUGGAAUGUGUAUCGAAGAUAUGCAGAGUUCAGAAGCUUGCAUCAUAAAUUACAGAGUAAAUACCAGCAAGUGAGGACUUUUAACUUUCCACCUAAAAAGGCCAUUGGAAACAAGGAUGCAAAGUUUGUAGAAGAGCGACGCAAGCAGCUACAAAAUUACCUAAGGAACGUAAUGAACAAAAUUAUUCAAACUGUGCCAGAAUUCACAGCCAAUCCCAAAAAAGAGACACUUAUUCAGCUGAUGCCCUUUUUUGUUGAUAUUCCACCUUCUGGAGAGCCAGUGAGCAAAGGCAGUCGCUCGAGGGUGACCCCGCGCUUCCCCAAACUGUCCCGCAGCCACCAAAGGGAGCCCCGGAGCCUGGAACCCCAGAGUGGGGAUCUCUGACCCUUUUUCCUGAUUGUGAACACGGGCACCACGUACUUUAAGUUGUUCUGUGAUUCCUUCCUAGCCUAUAUUUAUAAUUUAAGCUCCUGAAGAGACUACAGCUGCAUCAACUUAAAUCCUGAAAAGAGACAUUCAUUGCCAAGGGUCAUAUCCUGAUUAACUACUUUGGAAGGCAGUAAUCACUUUCUCAAAAGAAUAUGAGGGCUCUUCACCAGAGCUCAGCAAACUGAUGGCAUUUUCUUUGUUUUGUAAAGCUGCACUGCACAUAUUCUCCUUUGUUCCCCUGAAGUCCUUCUUUUACAAUGAAUUCCUUGUUUGUAUUAUGUUGUCUCCCUUUUAACAUGUACAUUUUUCUGUUCCAGAGAGACAUGGGUAUCGUGUCAAGACAAUUUUUUUUUUCCUUAGGAGAAUGGUUUUGAUUAUCACUACUUAAUAUGUCAGAAGGAUGUGCUUAAAAGAACCUCACUAAUUUAUUACCUUUUGUAAAUAGAAGGACUGGGUUGUUUUGGGUUUUUUUUUAUUGUAAACCUCUGACACGCAAAGGUUUUUAAAAAAACUUGACAAUGUAGAUGAUGAGAAAAACAUUACAGGUGGAAAAAUAGCUUUUGUACAUUUCUAGUUAGAUAUUCUCAAUAGCUUUCAUUUGUGGGAAGUAUUCUUUAAAAUCAGAGAAUGUAAUAAUUUUUUAGUAAAAUUUCAGUCCUGCUGGAAGGCAGAUGCAAUAUUAUUAAUUUUUACAAACCACUGCAAGGAUACACAAAAUUAGCAUGGUGCAAAAUAGUGCUUUCAAGUCUUGGGUUAUAUUUUGUUAUCAGUUUGUUGCUGAUGUUACAGAAUAGUCCAUCAUUAAUCUGAUUUUGUAAAACCCUUCACAUAGUGAUACUUAAAAAUUGCCUGUAAUGAAAGUGCCUGUUACCCAUCACCUCUUAUUGAAAAGUAAUUUGUAAUGCUACUACUGUAAGAGUGACUAAAAUAUUGACAAGAAUUAUUACAAGUGAUGGAAGUCCUGACAUGGAUUAACUGGAAUCCAGUUCAGUAUCCAUUAGUUGCACUGCCGUAGGCAGUUAAUUAUGUUUUAGCUAUCUUCUUCUCUUCAUUAAGUUUAAGCAGUAUACGUUCAAAUUUUCCAUUAAUUGUAUUCUGGUUUUCCUUUGUGUAAGAAUAUCUUUCUUCUCAGAAGUUUUUUUGGAUAAUGUUACUUAAAUUGAUGUAUCUUGUCAUUUUAUUAUCCAUUCAUUAUAUUAGAUUCUCAACGUCAGUAGAUACUAAAACCUUAUAUCAUUCUCCAGAAAAAAAAACCAAGCUGAUGAUUAAUAACACUUUUUUUUUACCUCACUGGUUUACUAAAGUUCUAGCAAACUGGAACUUGUGUUCUGCAAACCUGUGACCACUGUGUGUUGUUCAGGCAGGUGAGUGGUCCAGUCAUUUUUGGUGGCACUUCCUGGGUGAGUGGGGGUUUGUUGCACACAGUGAGGAGCAUCAGUGCCUGAGUACGACCCCAAGUGCUGGCUUCCUACCACUGAAAUAUGUAGCUCUCAGAUUGCACUGGACAGCAAACCGUGGCAGAGAGGAGUGGAAUUCACCCCUCAGGUCAGAAAUUUCCGGAGGUGAAAUACCACAAAGUAAAAUCAUGUCACAGAAAUGAAACAAGAUUUUUCAGUCAGUGAGAGUCCCAAAAUAGAUAAAUAACAAAGCCCAAAGGGCAGCCUGAGAACAAGUGGGUUUGUUUUCAUUAACAGAUGAAUUACUGUUGGUGUUUUGUGUAAGUUACAGUGGGACACUUAUUUGAGAAGAAGGCAAAGUGAGUAGUUUGUCAGUUAAGUAGCUUCUCCAAACUCUUUAGUCUGAUGCACUGCUGCUGGUUUAGUUUGUUGGAAAGAGAAGCAGCUUUAAUGAUGAUCUCACUUUGAAACAAUUCUAUUUUUCAGAAAGUGUAGACUUGGUUAAUAGAAACACGGCAUACAUCUAUUAACACUGAAUUGCAAGUAAAUCUGAAAGAAAACACUGUGUGGUAACCUUUGUGAUGUAUCUGUCACAUGGAGAUAUAUUAAUUUUCAGGAAGUAAUUCUUAGAUUCAAAUACUUCUUAUUCAGAAAGCUGAAAAUGAUAAGAAAUCUCAUUUAGCACAGACUGAAUUUUUUUUAGUUGUUUGAAAGGAAUUGUUUGUAUCUGCAUUUGGCUCUUAAAAUUAUUUCAUCCCUGAUUGUCUUGCUUCUUGUAAUUUUUAAUGUAUGUAUGUAGAUCACAUAAAAAUACUGAACUUGUUUACCAUGUACAAAUUGCUCUUUGUUAACUGUGGCUGAACUGUGUAUCAGCUCCCAAGAUUACAGUCUGCAAACAAUGUUCACUUGGUGAUACAAGAUACUGUGAUGGGGGCAUUACUAAUCCAUUUAAAAGCUCAGCUGUGGUUUCUCUAAAAUCCCAGAAAAUAAUCAAAUGAAAGCCUUUCUUCACAAGGUAGCUUUCCCACUUCAGAGCCCUGGUUAUUUUGAAGAUCAGUGAGGUCCCUGUACGACUGCAAGUAGGUGCCUAGUGACAGGAAUGCCCAAAUUUUUAGCACCUCAAGACAUUCUAACAUGCUCUUAGAAUCUCUUGCAAAUCCCACUUCUGAUAAUUCACCAGAAUCAGCAAAGUCUGUUAAGAAGGUUGACCAGCUGGGAUUAAGAAUGCCAAGGACUUCUGUUAUUCUAAUAAAAUAUCUGUAAGUGUAACAAUUAUUCCAUCACUUGAAUGAUUUGAUCAGUUUAUCCUGUGUCACCUAAUUUCAUGCUCAUGGUUACAAUUUUUGUCCAGGUCCAACUUCCUUUGGCACUGGCUCAGAGCUCUGAAACCCCUGUAUGUGCUCAGUGAGUUGAUGGGUUGGACCAUUCCUGUUGGUGCUGUAAUCCCAGGACACAGUCUGGGCCCUGGGCUGUGGCCUGGCACGAGGCAGUGGAGAGGAAUUUGUGGUAUUUGCAUUUCAUUCCUACUUCAUCUUUAGAUGUAUUAGGUCUCCAGGGCUUCUCAUCAGUGACUAUUGAAAAUAAACUGUAAAAAAGUGGCACAACUUUUACUGUAAUGCUGUUGUCCAGUCACAUGGAAAAUGAACAUUUUCCUGAGAAAGACAGAGCAGGCAAAGCUCUUCCAGCUUUUGCAGAUGUGUCUAUCAGUAUUCAUCACAGACUGAGUGUGGUUUUUCAGAAUCUCAUUUAUUUAGAGAUUCUGUCAUUCAUUAUAGCAUUCUGUCGGCUUGGCUUUUGCAAAUUAAAUCAAAGUUCUCAAUAAUAAUAAUAAUAAUAAAUUUCCAAGGUUUAUAUGAGGCAGGAUAUUGGCAUAGUUAUAAAGGCUUAAAUUGAUAUGUCCAUUAAGUCAUAUAUUCUUAGGAAGAUAAUAAUUUCAAAGCCAGUCUUUUUUAUGGAAUAUAUUGUUGAUGUGAUAGUUGUAAUCAAAUUAUAAUACCUUGCAGAAUUUACUGCAAGUCAUAAACCAUUGAGAUUGGAUUAAUACAAGUAUUUAGAGAAAGAACAUAAUGGUAAUAAAGAUUACUGGCUCAAAAUUCUGACCUAUUGCUAAGGUGCUUUUUAUUUUUUUUUGUUACAAAGUCAUGUUUUAUUAUAUAGAGCAAUAUCUGCAUGGUAGCUGUCAAAUUAAUUAAUAAGAACCUACUAACAAAUGGGGUUGACUGACUCAGAGCAGCCAGCUAAUAAUAAAUGAGACUUGGUGAACCCCCAGUGAACUAAUGAUGCUUCUGUCAGGAUGUAUUAAUGGGUUAAGAAUAUGAUCUUUUGUUACCAGAAUCAGUUAUUGGUGCUUUCACAUAUGGAUGUCAUUCCUUUUCCUCCAGAGAAAGCAGGGAUCUCAGUGCUGCUCCAAGUUCCAUGCUGUUCCCAAGGUUCACCCUGCCACUCCAAAACAUUUUUCAUCUAAUGCCUCGGAAUUCUGGGCACAGAUAAUAUAUACCUGUGGAUAGAAAUACAGUUACUUGCUUGAAAUUACAGUGAGAAACCUGUGGAACAGCUGGUUAAAAGAAAGAAAAAAAGUACUUCUUGACCAAAUUGUGCUGCUCUACACCCUUGCAAAUCUUGGGAACAGCACUGGGCUCUUCCAGCUGGAACUCUAGGAUAUAGGGAAAGAAACCUAUUUAACAUGAGAAUACAACUUUCUCCUUGGAAACAAUAAUAAUACUUCUGUGUUGGAUCUUGAGUCACUUCUAGAAAAGUGAUUUAACAGCUCAAGGAAGGAAAGAAUUUCUCUCCACUUUCUAUAGGUGAGGGUGUUUGAGUCAGCACCCUGCUCCACAUGGAAUAUUCACUUGAUGAUGAUUUUGUCAUUUCAGUAGUUUCUUAGCAUUUUGUAUGCAAAGAAACACUUCACUGUAUGAAAUUAUCUAUAUGAAAUAUAGAAUAUGUUUAAAAAUACCAGUUAACCUGCUUCAUGUUUCACAUAUUGAAUGGAAGAUAAAACACUUGUUCUACACAGUGGUCUGACACUGUACAUUGAAUUUAUUACUUAUUCUGCACUAACUGUGCUUUUAUGGUCCAGUUAUAGAGAACUUAGAUUAUUUAUAAAAUUUCUUUAACAAAAAUAAUCAGAGCAUACUUCUAAACAAUAAUAAUGGCAUGAAUUUAUACUGGACAACAGCACUGAAAUGUUUAGAGAGGAAUGAAUGUUCCAGAUUUACAAAUUUCUGCAAACAUCUGGACUUAAAAAAUCCCAACAUUGUUUUUUAUUGCAUCAAAACAAGUUUAUUGCACUUCCACGUAGGGGAAUCAGUUCCUUUAACAAGAUUUCAGAAAUUAUCUCCAUGCCAUGGCAGUAGUUAAACUGUGAUGAGUGGUUUUCUUAUUAAUCAUUUAAGACACUAAAAAUUAUCAAACUGUAAGUGUGGUUGAAAAUACAGUUCUGAAAGGCUGUGCUUUCUUUCUCACUUGCCACUGAGAUAAAUAAGUGUCUUAUGUUUGGGACAAAACCUGUUGGCAACUGAAGAAGCUGGAUUUCCCUUUUCACUUGGAGAGGGAAUUUUUUUGUUCUUCCUGUUAAACUGUAGAAAAUAUAGUAUUAAUUCUUAAGCAUAUGUAUGUACAGUAUUCACAUAAGUAUUAAUAAACUGUAAUAUUAUUUUAACUCGUUAUGCUAAUGUUUACAUUAUAGAAUUUUUAAGCAAAUGUGUAUAUAUAAAAUUUUCUAAAUACUUUCUUGGUUUUUUUUUUAUUAUUAUUAAAUAUCCUGUGGUAAUUUUAUUGUAAUCUGGUUAAAAUAUGCUACUUUACCAAGAAGAAAAUAAAAAAUAACAUCAU